AUGCGCGUCGUAUGUGUUGCGGAAAAGAAUUCGAUUGCUAAGGCUGUGGCGCAUACGCUUUCCGGUGGCGGCACGCGGAUGCGGCCAUCGCGGUGCAAGUAUAUCAAGAACUACGACUUCCAGUACAAGUUCAAUUGGGUCGGGCAGCAGGCGGUCGAUGUUACGAUGACGGCGGUUGCGGGCCAUUUGGUGCACCAGGACUUUGGGCAGGAGUAUUCGUGGAACAUGUGUGAUCCGCGGGAGCUGUUUCGCGCGGAGAUUGUGGAGAUACCGAACAGGGAGAUCGCGGACAACAUCGGGCAGGAGUGCAGGGAUGCGCAGUACUUGAUGAUAUGGACGGACUGCGAUCGGGAGGGAGAGGCGAUCGGGUGGGAGAUAGCGCAGGUGGCGAUGCGGUGCAACCCGCAGCUAGACGAGAGCAGGAUACACCGUGCGGUGUUUUCGCAUCUUGGGCGGGAUCACGUGACCAGGGCGGCAAACAAUCCUGUGCGGAUCGAUAAGAAUGCGGUGGAUGCAGUGAAGGCACGGUGUGAGAUCGAUCUUCGAGCUGGGUAUGCGUUCACGCGGUUGCUGACUGGGACGUUGCAGUGCAAGGUGGAGGCAGGCCCUGGUGGGGCUGCGAGGGGGAAUAGUAAAAAACGGGCGUUGAUUUCAUACGGUACUUGUCAGUUUCCGACGCUGGGGUUUGUUGUGGAUCGCUACGAGCGAAUACAAAGGUUUGUGACGGAAGAGUUUUGGCUACUGCAAGCCACGUUGGAGGAGAGUGGCAGUGCUGGGGGAGGCAAGGUUUUGUUCAGUUGGGACCGUGGGCAUUUAUUUGAUCGGUUAUGUGUUUUAGGUAUAUAUGAAACAUGUUCAGAGCAUGCUGAAAACAGGGCCAAGGUGGUGCAUGUCAGCUCCAAGGAGACGAGCAAAUACAGGCCGUUGCCCCUUACAACGGUCGAAUUGCAGAAGAAUUGCUCAAAGUUCUUGAGAAUGUCUGCAAAACAAUCGUUGGAUGCUGCUGAGAAACUGUAUCAGAAGGGGUUCAUUUCGUAUCCAAGAACUGAGACAGAUGUUUUUUCGAAGCAGAUGGACCUGAGGGCGUUAGUGCAACAGCAGACUGCUCAUCAACAGUGGGGGGCGUAUGCUAGUGGAUUGCUGUCCAACGAGAAUAGUUCGUCUGGCAAUGGGUUUCAAUGGCCUCGAGCGGGUAACCAUGAUGACCAGGCACAUCCGCCAAUACAUCCCGUGACAUGUGUGCAGCCCGGUGGGGAUUUGAACUUUGACGAAAAGCGGGUAUACGAAUAUGUCGUACGGCACUUUUUGGCCUGUUGUUCCCAAGAUGGGAAGGGCCGGUCAUCGAAAGUACAAUUACAGUGGCAUACAGAAAGUUUUAGCGCUACUGGACUCCAAGUUUUAGCCGAAAACUUUCUUCAAGUUUAUACGUACCAGAAAUGGACAUCUAGCGCACAGCUCCCUAUAUUGGGCUUGGGGGAUGACAUACUGCUUUCGAAAGUGGAAAUGAAAUCCGGCAAAACGUUACCGCCAAAGUAUAUGACAGAAAGUGAGUUAAUCAUGCUUAUGGAUGCCAAUGGCAUUGGCACAGAUGCUACGAUUGCUGAGCAUAUAGAAAAGAUUCAAGAGCGCCAAUACAUAAAGGCCGACGGCACCGCUAAAAGUAAAGUUUUCAAACCAACUGUUCUUGGCAGGUCCCUGGUGCAUGGUUUUGAAGACAUCGGUCUUGAAGAAUCAUUUGCAAAACCAUUCCUGAGAAGGGAUAUGGAGGUGGACUUGAAAUCUAUAUGCGAGGGGAAAAAGGAUAGAUCUAGCGUUUUAAAACAUAUCGUCGGUAUGUACACCGACUAUUACGAACAAACCCAACGUCAGCGGGAUAAGUUAAUACAAGCGUAUGAUAGAAUAAAACAAGAAUCAUGA